AUGAUUAGAAAUUUAAUAAAGAAAGCCGAUCUGCUUGUUGAUCCCUAUGAAUUUAAUAUUUCAUAAAAAGAGAAAUCUUUAACUCCAAUAGGUUUUAUAUAAUUUUAGUUUUUAGGAGGUUUCAUAAGUAUGCUCCUCUUAAUUUUCACUUCUUUUUACAUCGUUGGAGUAUUUCAAAGAAGUAUUCAAAAUCAGAACACGAUCUAUGCUGGUACAGAAAGUGACAAAAACACCUAAUUUAUAUUGAGUAAUGAAAAUACGAUAUUUUCCAUUGAAUUAUCUACUCUAGAUGGAAAAAUUUUGAACAAUAAUACAAAUGUUAAAGAUUAUUUUACACUAACUGCAUAGUAUAUUCAAUAAUAAAGAGUAGAAGGUAAAAUAGGAUUUACAAGAAAUUACAGUUCAUUAAAUUAAUCCAAAUGUUCAACAGAUAAGGUCCAAUAAUUCAAUUUUAAUUCAGCAUCAAUGACUGAAGAAUAAAAAGAAAAUUUAAUUUGUUUUGAUGGUGAUUUCAAAUUACAAGGACAAUUCUACGAACCAUAUUUUGCUUACAUCAAAUUAACUAUAAGUGUAUGCAACAACUCAACCAGCAAAACAUGUAAGACUUCUAAAGAGAUUGAAAGUUUUAUCAAUAAAGGCGUUAAUGUGGAUAUGUUCAUAAAAGGGUCGAAAAUUAAACAAUCCUUAAAUAGUUCAAGUCCAGCAGAUAUAUUCUCCACUAAUAUUUUCUGGAGAUUAACAACUGGUAUUGGUGACAAUGAAGAUAUUUAUAUGCAACCAUUAUAAAUGGAUUUAAGUAAAAUACAUUUAAAUAACUAAGAAAAAAUAUAAUUUUUCAGCGAUAUUUUUAACAUUGAAAAUUCCGAGAGACUAUAUAAUGGGUCAGUAGUUCAACGGUAAGAAAGGAGACAAGAACCUAUAUCGAUAAAUUCAGGAGUAGGAUUAUGCACGUUUUAUCUCAGAGCUUCAUCUGAUACUUCCUUUUACUUUGUAAUACAAUAAGAUAUGCCCUCUAUUAUAUUAUCUGCUGUUUCUGAAGCAACUGCUUUAUUUUUGGCUGUUAUGCAAAUAGUCAAAAUAUUUUAUAGAGUUUAUAAUCAGCAUAAGACCUUUGAAAUAUUGAUGAAUUCGGUUUUUAAAUUUGAUUUAAAAAGUGUUUAAAAAAGGAAAUAAUCAUAUGUUAAUUAAUAAUCAUAAACACCUGGGAAGAUGUAGUCAUCAGUAAAGAAUACAAAAAAACUAUUACAACAGAUCCUUGAUUAUACAAUAAAUUACUCAUUUUCUUAAUACAUAUUUUACAUCAUAAGGAAAUACUUCAAAAGCUGUAAAAAAAAUAUUGAAGAUGAAAAAGAAUUGGUGAUUUCGUAAAUAGCUAAAUCUAAGAUUGAAUUCGAUUUAGAUUUAACUAAUAUUUUAAAAAAAUUAUAUGAGAUAGAUUGCCUAAAAUUAUUUUUGUUUGAUGAUGAUCAACUUUUGCUAUUCAAUUCAUUUUGUUCGCCUGUGUUUUAAGAUUAAAUGACUGAUCAGAAAGAGUUAUUUGAUAUUUUGACUGCUAGCAAAUAAAAUAAAUCGAUAAAUCAAUUACAAUUAAAUUAAGCUCAUAUAGAUAAUAAUUAAAAUAUUAUCAAGUAUGCAGCCACUUCAACAAUUCCAAUUAAUGUCAGAUUAGCAAAACUGACGAGAUUCUUUAAGGCUUAACUUGGAGCAGAAAAUGCUUAAGAUUUAGUAGAUAAUUUUUAAAAGAUCACUGAAAAUAAGAAUAAAAAUUGGUAGCUUAAUCAUUAAUUAAUGCAAUUUGCUAUGUAGAAUAAAAGCUUGUUUAAUCUUGUUUAAUAAAAUUAUACAACAAAUCUACAAUAGUAAAAUGAGGAUGAGCAAAAAUAUUUAGAAGAUCAAAUUAGAUUAGAUGUACCUAAUGAAUUGGAAGAAGGUAGGAAAAACUCUGAAGUAGUUGGUAGCAAGGAAUCAGGACAAAGUUUAAAGGAUCUAGAGAUACACCAAUCUCCAGAUUGUUUAUAGAACAGACUUUAACAACCUUGA